AUGGCACGGCCGUGUGGACAUCCCCUCUUGCGCGUGUUUGCUCUCGCAGAAUGUGGCACGGCCAACCCGGCCACUUGCACGGCCGUGUCGAUCCUCUGCUCUGCCCGUGUGUGCUCUCGGCAAAACUCGCACGGCCAGGCCAUUACUUCACACGGCCGUUUGAACAUCAGGGCAGCCCGUGUGACCUCCUUUGUGACUUGUCUCGCGCCCGAUCUUCACCCAAUCGACCCCGAACUCGCUCCUAAACCUUCAUUCACUUGCCAGGACCUGAAAUAUCACAAACAAGCACAACCUAGCGUGAAAUCGGUCUAA